GCAGGGUUAUACAGACAGGAAGCCUGUGAGCUCUCUGCUUGUAGAAGAAGUCAAGAAAGUUUCAAGAAACACACAAAAUGAGAAUGAAGAUUUUGAUCAUCAUCACCAGUCUUGUGGGACUGGUCAGUCCAGGCAGUGUCUAUGAAGAAGACCUGGAGUUCGAUGUCUGGAAAUUGAAGUUUGGUAAGAUCUAUAAGACCGUAGAGGAGGAAUAUAAGCACAAGAUGACUUGGAUGGAAAAUCGUAAGCUGGUCCUGGCACACAACAUCCUGGCUGACCAGGGCAUUAAGAGCUACAGACUCGGCAUGACCUUCUUUGCAGACAUGGAUAAUCAGGAGUACAGAGCAUCUGUGUUUAAGGGCUGCUUGGGAUCCUUUAACAGGACCAAGAAGCACAGUACAUUAACAUUUGUCCGAGGUGGAGGUGUUUUGCCAAAAACUGUGGACUGGAGGAAAAAGGGUUACGUGACUAAGAUUAAGGACCAGAAAGACUGCGGCUCAUGCUGGGCCUUCAGUGCGACAGGGGCACUGGAAGGUCAGACUCGAAGGAAGACGGGGAAGCUGGUGUCGCUGAGUGAGCAGCAGUUGGUGGACUGCUCAGGGGAUUAUGGGAACUAUGGUUGCAUGGGAGGCUUGAUGAACUCAGCUUUUGAUUAUGUUAAAGACAACAAUGGAAUUGACACAGAGAAGUCCUACCCCUAUGAGGCCAUAGAUAACGACUGCAGGUUUAACCCGGACACUGUGGCAGCCACCUGCACUGGAUAUGUGGAUAUAAAAAGUGGAGAUGAGAAAGCUUUACAGGAGGCCGUAGCCACCAUCGGACCUAUUUCUGUCGCCAUCGAUGCAGGCCACUCAUCUUUCCAACUCUAUAAAUCUGGUAUCUACAAUGAGCCAAAGUGUAGCAGCACUUGGCUGGAUCAUGGUGUCCUGGCUGUUGGUUAUGGCGAAAAACAUAAGAAAGACUACUGGCUUGUCAAGAACAGCUGGGGUCUCAACUGGGGCGAAAAUGGCUACAUCAUGAUGUCGAGGAACAAGAACAACCAGUGUGGUAUUGCAACAAAUGCCAGCUAUCCUUUGGUUUGAAAAUCAAUAAGACAUAUAGAACAUUUACAGAACAAUUAUCAUCAAAACCUUAUAGUAUAAUAUCUUCUACUUUUUGACACUAGCAUUUACCUUUAUGAACAAUAAAUUAAUGGUGCUUAUACCGUAUAAUUACACAAAAUGAUAUUCUGACAUUACUGCGGCUACUGGAACUGUUAAUCUGUAAACUCAGUUUUCUUUGUUAUAAAACCUUUGCCUUUUUUCUCUUUCUUGAUGAUCAAGGGUUAUUAGAUAUUAUGUACCAUCAAACUAUGAAAUUUAACUGUCAGAUAAAAAACCUUAAAUAAAAGUAAUUUGACCCACACAUCUUAGUGCACAUGGUUAUUUAAGCUUCAUUAUGCUCAGCUCUAAACAAUCUGUUACUUUUCAUUUAUCUCAUGUCAUUUAUUACCUUAAUAUCAUUUGUCUAGAAGUGUAAAAUGUUUAAGGUUGUAGUUAACUUCUAGGCCAAAUAAUGAACGUUUGCACACAAAUGUAUGUCCUUUAUUAAUCACUUGCAUUAAACACUUUAAUAAAGUUAAAAA